AUGCCUUCUCAACCCCCACUACCGCCCCUCCUCGCUCCAUAUGUAUCAACUCUACCCGAUUCAUCUUUGACGCUAGUCUCUUCAAUCCUUGGAGCAACCUCAAACUGGUUGGUGUUGAGGUUCCUGCAUGCUGCGCUGAGCUCUCAAUCAGGCUCUCAUGCAACUUUCGGCAGAGACGAGCUGCAAAAUGGCAUCAAGAAGAAAGUGGUACUGGUAAGCUUCAUGCGGAGUUAUGAAUUCUGGAGAACAGAGGCAAAACGACUGGGCCUUGAUCUUGCACGCCUAGCAGACAAACAACGAUUUGCAUUCAUAGAUGGACUAUCUGAAUUGUUUUAUGCACCCCAGUCGACAGCCACAGCCACAGCCACAGCCACUCCCACCAGAACACCAGCUGCAUUGGCAAGCAGUCCCCGGACAAAUCUACCAAUGCGGUCUGCACCCGGUACUGUGCCUGGAAGGGCACCACCGCCAACAGCACCGGCACCUGCCGUUGGGGGAAACACGACGCAGGUUCGGGCAGAGCCUGGCAUUGCAAAGAAGCUCCAUUUCUCUGGUCGCGGACUAGCCUCGCUCGAUGCUUUGGAGAAUGACAUUUCUUCAGUGAUUGAACAGCAAAAAGCCUCGAUGGAGGAGGGCGACGAGCUCAUCCUUAUUAUAGAUCAGCCUGACCUGCUUCUUGCAGCGACGGGCCCGAGUAUGGGCAUUGGAGCCACAGAGAUGGCGGAGUGGAUUACAGGGUUGCAGCAGCACGCACAUGCUACGAUUUUGACACUGGCUACGGAUGCUCCGUUGAUACAUAAUGCAUCUACGUCAGGUGGGCAGUUGGCUACGCCAAUAGAGACUGAACAUGCGGCACUUGCUAUUGGGCUGGCGCAUCGGGCUCGGUCGGUUAUGCAGCUCCGCACCCUGGAGACUGGGGCCGCGAAGGAUGUGAGUGGGGUACUCAGAAUCAGCCGCGGAGGUGUGUUGAACACGAGUGAAGACAACGGCUUGGAGGAGCGCGAGGCAUUGUACUAUAUCCAGCGGGAUGGUGGUGUCACAGUUUUUGGUCGCGGGGAAUCAUGA